AUGUACGUGAACACACUCUACGUUGAACAGAAACCAAAGCAAGAGUCACAUCAAAAAGCAGAGUUGUUAAAUAAAUUAUUACCGAUAUUAGGAGUCAAAUACCCUUCUCCCUCCACCAACCAACCAACGACAUUUCAACUCCCACCUGCUGGGGAUCCCAGAACGUUAGACGCGCAAGCAGAGCAACAGAAAGCAGCGGCAUCUGGAAGACUUUUACCUUGUAUGACCUGCAGAAAUGGCCCAACUGCUGGAAAAGCUGCCUUCCAUCGGACCGCAUCUCGUGUUCGGUCGGUACCAACCUUAGCUGGUCCUGCAGUCGCCGGGCCCAACAGCAAUCCUGGCGGUUUUGGAGGGCCUCAAAAUCAGGGAGGAUUUGGAGGUCCUCAAGGUGGAUUCGGUGGGAAUAGGGGAGGAUUCGGAGGUCCAGGCCCUCAAGGUGGAUUCGGAGGUCCUCAGGGGCAAUUCGGAGGCCCUCAAGGGGGACGAACGCAGUUUGAGGACACUAUUUCGACUUCUGUUCAGUUAUUUACUGAGUGA